AAAGACUGCAAUAGAGUGGCCAUGCUUAAGUACAUAUGGAUCCUUUUCACCGACAAAGAAUCGUUGUGGUGUCGAUGGAUCCAUUCUAAUUUCUUAAAAAAGGACAAUUUCUGGAUCGCCUCAACACCUUCUACGUGUUCUUGGGCCUGGAAAAAAAUAUUGCAAUUAAGAACAGAGUUUAGGUCUUGCUUCGCUUGGAAGAUUGGUAAUGGAUUUUCGGUUUCUUUAUGGCAUGAUCAAUGGCUCGCUGAUGGCCCCCUUGAUCUUUUAUUUCCGACAUCCAUCAUUGAAUUGUCGGGUCUCCUUAAGCAUGCUGUUGUUGCAGAUUUAUUCUCCCCCCUCGAUCAUGCAUUUAAGAGUUCACUUCAGAGCUGUGGUUUCUCUGUCCCGGAUCAGACUAAUGCACCGGAUUGUUUCACUUGGAAUCAGCACUCAUCCGGAUCCUUUUCUGUUGCCUCUGCAUGGGAUUUCAUUAGAACAAAGAAGGAAAGAGUUUCUUGGGACUCCUUUAUCUGGAACUCUGAUAUUGUCCCUAGAAAUCAAUUUAACUUGUGGUUGAUUACCAAGAACAGAUUACCCACCCAAGAAUUCCUAAUCCAUUAUGGUAGAAUCGUCUCGGGUACUUGUGCAUACUGUAAUGCUACUUCGGACUCUAUUGAUCACUUGUUCUUCAACUGUCGUAUCUCGGCCACGCUUGCUUAUUUUUGGGCGACGAGAUGCAAUUUACCUUGGAAAUCGAGGCCAUGGAUGGACAACCUUGCUUGGGCGAUCAGGUUGCUCUCCGCACUGGUUGUCCCUGCUUUGAAGAACCACCUUAUGAAGAUAGUCAAAGAUAAAGCGACUACAUUCACAAGUGUUCCGGAUACUCCGAGAAAUAGGCGUCUCCAAAGAAGCUGGGAUCUUGAUCCCUCCAUCUUUACAGAUCGUCUCAAGCGUUAGUCUCCCCGCUUCUUCUCUCGUUCUGCUACAAUCUUCAACAUCACUCCGUUUCUUCGUUCUUCGAAUGUUUGGCGGAGGUCUGGAGGUUGUACUGGUUUUUGUGUUGUAACUGUGGAUCUUCUCCUUUUGGUCCGCUUGCCUUUGGCUUUUCUCACGGCACCCUUCCACUCUUUGGUCUUCCUUAGAGUGUAAGCCUUUGGCGCCGUCUUUUGUAUUUUG